UGUUGCUCCAGACUUUUUCUAGAGGAUUGAAAAGAGUGCGUGUGUUUCAAGUAUCCUGUCCCGUCAAGUAUCCCACUCCGUUUUCCUUCCGUCGAUUUUUCUCAUUGAAAAAAACAUUUUCAUAAAUUUCAAUUUCCUUCCAAUUCGACGAACAUUAUGGCCGCUGAAGAAUCUGUGGAUCAACCAGAUUUAUCUUGCGUAGAGGAGAGCCUAAUGAGUCUAGAGAAACUGGAUAGAGCGUCUCCCGAUUUAUGGCCUGAACAAACGAGCAAUGAAGUUCCAGGUGUGCAUGAGUUUGUCGCUCAAAAUUCACCGCAGACAGAGCCAUGUUUUUGGACUGCGAGUUUUUCAGCGGACGACAUAAGUCAAUUGCAUCAAUUGGGUAAUUUAACAAUGACCGGGCUUAUCUCGGAAGUGAAAAAACUGCACGAUUUAGCUUAUCAGCUGGGUCUAGAAGAAGCUAAGGAAAUGACGCGUGGCAAAUAUUUGAAUAUAUUUAAACAUAAAUAAUAUUUCAUAGUUAAAAAAAUAAAACUCGUGAAAAUGCAAUACCAAUCGGUGUUCUUAAGUACCAUUUUGAGACGAUUGCAUUUGCAAUCUUAGGAAUUCUCUAAAAUCCAUCGUGUGUAUCUCUGUACAUUUAUGAACGCAGAUGGAAAAAUGGUGCUUGAGUCGCAACUAGACCCAUAUGAUAGGAUUCCGACCUGAUAAAAAAAUAUACAUAUAAACAUGAGAAAUAU